UUCUCUACACCAUCUUCACAAGCUGUAGCAGUUCAUUCAGUCUUUGAAUGUCCAUUCUACGCGUUUAGUUCGAAUAAUUUUCCAUCCUAAAUGGCACUAGUUUCGCUGCGAGAUUACGAAAAACGUGCGGCCGAAAUAAUUCCACGACAUGCGCUGGAUUACUAUCGGAGCGGGGCCGGAGAUGAGCUGUCACUCCGGCUAAAUCGAAUCUGCUUCGACCGUCUACGUAUACGGCCUCGGGUGCUGAAAAGUGGGGCCAAACGAGACAUGACGGUGCGACUUUUCGGGGACGAGUAUUCGAUGCCGGUUGGAAUUUCCCCGACAGCAAUGCAGCGAAUGGCCCACCAUGAUGGAGAAGUGGCCAAUGCCAAGGCUGCUGCCAGUCGAGGCGUCGGGUUCACUCUCAGCACCAUUUCUACUAGCUCGAUUGAAGAGGUUGCUGCUGGGACACCGAAAUCACCCAAGUGGUUUCAGCUUUACAUCUACAAGGAUCGUAAGAUUACGGAAAGCUUGGUUCGCAGAGCUGAAAAAGCAGGUUUUAGGACAAUUGUGCUGACCGUGGAUGCUCCGAUGUUUGGCCUACGUCGACCGGAUAUGCGUAAUAAGUUUUCGCUUCCUCCACACUUGAUAUUGGCCAACUUCGAGGGACAACAAGCAACCGGUGUUCAGAGUCAGGGUGGAUCUGGAAUCAACGAAUAUAUUUACGAACAAUUAGAUCCAACACUGUGUUGGAAUGACGUCAAGUGGUUACUCAACUUCACUAAACUGCCAGUAAUUGUCAAAGGAAUUCUCACCAAGGAAGAUGCAAUAAUUGCCGCUGAUUUGGGUGUUCAAGGUAUUUGGGUGUCUAACCAUGGGGCAAGACAGUUAGAUUCUGUUCCGGCGUCGAUUGAAGCCCUUCCGGAAGUUGUGGCCGCAGUGGGCGACAGAACCACAAUUUUACUUGAUGGUGGUGUAACGGAGGGUACCGAUGUUUUUAAAGCGAUCGCACUCGGUGCCAAAAUGGUGCUUUUCGGAAGGCCUGCCCUUUGGGGCCUGGCAAACAAUGGUCAACAGGGUGUUGAAAGUGUUCUGGAUAUUUUGAGAAAAGAAUUAGACCUAGCAAUGGCGUUUGCAGGAUGUCAAAGUGUGGCCGACAUCAGCAAGGAACACGUAGUACAUGAAUCAUUUUACGCUAAACUAUAAACUAUGGCUUGGGAAAAUAAUGUGAACCUUGCUGACAGUAAAUAUGUUACGCAAUAAAAUUGAUUUGAUUUUUCUUUCA